AUGAAUAACGGAGAUUCUAUAUCGUCAACUUCAUUUUCUUUAAUGGAUAACAAAAAUGAUAACAGAGAAUCUAUUAAUACUUCUGACAAAAAAAAAGGAUUAAUGACAGCAUUAACUGUUGUACCUUCAUUCUUAUUCAAUCCUCAUUUAACAUCUUCUAAUGAUAAAAGAAAUGAUGGUCAUGAUUCAUUAGAAUCUCCUGAAAGUAUUAGGUCACCUGAUGAUGAUGGUAAACAUAAUCAUAAAAAUCAUAAUAAUAAAAAACAUUCUCAUCAUGAAAAAUCUUCUUCUUCAUUUAAUAAGAAACAAAGAAGAAAUAGAACUACAUUUACAACAUUUCAACUUCAUGAACUUGAACAAUCAUUUGAAAAAUGUCACUAUCCUGAUGUAUAUGCUAGAGAAAUGUUAGCACAAAAAGUUAAGUUACCCGAAGUUAGAGUUCAAGUAUGGUUUCAAAAUAGAAGAGCUAAAUGGAGAAGAAUUGAAAAAAUUGAAGCUUCUGCUUUAUCAGAUAUUUCUUCAAUUAAAAAACCUCUUUCGUUUCAAAAUUGGAAUUGGAAUCAGGAUGGUGCAUCUCCUAUUAUUAAUAAUCAACUUAGUACAUUAACAAAUAAUAAUAAUGGUAGAGAUGAUUUUAUGGCAACGUUUCCAAACUUUAAUGCUAAUAUAAAUUCAACACUUAAUAUGGGAUUAUCAUUAGAUAAUAAUGAUAAAAACUUAAGUAAUAACUAUUUUAUGAUAUCAUCACAAAAUACUCCUGCAGCAGAUAUGGUCAAUCAAAGUUUUAAUAAUCUUAAUACUACUAAUCCAUUUUAUUUUCCAUAUUUUACUAAUAGUCAAAGACAAAAUUACUAUAACAAUACUACGACACCUUUUAUGGGACAAGGAAAUAUUUUAAAUGUACCAGGGAAUACAGCUUCUGAAAGUUAUCUAAAUACAGUAUCUUCAAUUAAUACCAAUUGUUUAUCAACAACACCUGACAAAGAAAGAAUCUCAGAAAAUUGA